UCACGGCUAAACAUUUGCACGUAUGAAUAUAUGUGUAUCUAUGUGUUCGUAACAAGUGUCAAGGGUCUUUGAUCGAGACAAGCGUAGUAUGUAUUGCGUGCAGUAUAAGUAUCGAAGAAUCGUCGAAGGUUGAAGGGACCAAAGAAUGGUCAGAAAAGACAGUAGAGUGGGGAACAUGGUUGAUGAUGGUGGGGAUCGCGGGGUAAGAAGUGGGGUAGAGCGGGACUAUGAGUCGGUAGUGGCGGCAGUUGCGUCUCGAACAGCGCGCGUGUUGUUUCGUUCCGUCCUAUACGUAUUAUCCUCUCGUGAUAGCUAUCGAAGCUUUUACGUGCCGACAAAAUUUGUUUCUUUUUUUUCAUUUUGUGUCGCGACUCGCGCCCACGCGGUAUCACAAGGGAAACCGUAGUUACGUGGGACGUCCUAUAAAGCAGGACAGUGAAUUCGGUGGUGUUUUUCAGUGUUACUUUUCUGUGUUUAACGUUAGUUUAUGUUAAAAGACGUAGAUAUUAGUUCUUCUCGCGUAGGUUUUACGAAGAUUCUUUGCUAAACACCCAUUGGGAUUUUUUUGUGACUUACUUCUUCACAUCGAGGGUUGUUGAUACUGGGCGAAUACGCUUCGCACCGAUCCAGACUAUAUUUCUGGAAUGACGAUCGGUGCGGCGAUGACGAGGAUUGAAAGCUACCGCUGAUUCAUAGGAUACCCUGCAGGGCCACUCGCUACCAAAAUGAGCACAUCGCUGCGAAUUUUGGCGCUAAUCAGCUUAGCUGCGCAGAACGUGGCUUGGCCGCAAGAUCCGGUUCCUAGGCUGCAUGUCAAACAUCGCGAGGUGAUUGGCCAGCGGUUCCUGGGAAACGAGAGCCACGUGGAGCACUUCAAGCUCCUGGAGCGCGCGACCACUUCCAUCCUGAUUGGCGCCAGGAACGCCAUUUACAACAUAAGUCUGCACGACCUGACGGAGAUCGUCGACCAGAGGUUGCAGUGGUCCAGCAGCGGGGCGCAUCGCGAACUUUGUUAUCUGAAAGGACGUAGUGAGGACGAGUGUCAAAAUUAUGUACGAGUAUUCGGCAGACAAGGACCUGAUCAAUUUCUUGUUUGUGGAACGAAUGCAUACAAACCAGCAUGCAGACAAUUCACUAUUAAGGAUGGCGCGUACGCGAAGGAAAGCGAUAUGGAUGGGCUGGGACUCUGCCCUUACGAUCCAAGGCACAACAGCACUGCGGUAUUCGUCGGUGGAGGGUGGCGCGCGUUACAAGGCCAGCUCGCGUGACUGAAUCGCAUGUUAAGCGACCUACUCCAGAAAAAGAAAAGAUACCGAGCCCGGUGUAA